AUGGCAAGUCUGGACGUCGUUGGCGGAUGCGAUGGCAGCGGCGGCGAGACUAGAACCGAACGGGGAUCGGGGACGAUCUCUGGCGAGCAACAGCAAUGGCAGCGGCGAAAAAUGCUGUGGAAGGAGAAGAAGAAGACGAAGAACAAGAGCUGCCCUGGGCCAUGGCCGGUUCCUGUUGCCGCAGACAUGGCCUUUGGGCACCUUGUCCCUGGCAGUUCCGUCACCAUCGGAAUUCUCAGGGAAGACGGGAAUUGCGGUGGAAUUACCUGGCCUGAAGCGGGCAAGCAUGGGGUGCUAGUGGGUGCCAAUGGGCUGCAUUGGCAGGGCAGGCAAGGCACAGGGCACAGGGAAGCCAGCGGGAGUCCACCGAGACACCCACUGGAAGCCCACCCGCUGGAAUGGGUCAACCCGGGUUAG